AUGGCUGGGCAGUUCUCGUUUCCGACGAUGUCUAUCGCAGAGAUCGUCGACGCGUUCUCGGGUUGGGGCUAUGCAAUCAGCCACGAACAAGUCGCGCGACCGACGCCUGAAUUCGUCUUAGGCAUUUACAGCACUUGUCUGGAACAAGUCACUGGGAUCACCGUGGACGCGCUUCAGCCUUCUGUGGACGCGGCUUUGGCUACAGUGGACAAUCCUGAAUUAUAUACCCAAGCCCUACCCAAAGUCCUCCUUCUCCAUCAUCUCCAACGUUUCGCCACCGCGGCCAAGUUCCACGGCUUCAGUUCACGGGACCUGUACUUCCCCGAACCCGAACGAACGCGCUCCAUCUUAUCCGCCUUUGUCAACUUUGUCAAGUUCUGCGAACAGUGUGAGCCGUUCAUCAUGGGCCUCCGCGAGAGGUCUGCGGCUGUCGUCGAGGAGCGGGAUCGGGUGGCCCAGCAGUUGGCGGAGACGCGCCAGAAGGUAGUGACAAUCAAGGCAAAACGUGCAGAGGACGAGCCUAAGUGCGAAGCUUUGCGUCAAGAGAAGACUUCGAUGACCGCACAGCUCGUGCAGUACAAGGAAACGCAGCUAUCCCUUCUCAAAGACCUGGAGACUCUCAAGCGGGAAAUUGAAUCGGUGCUGCAAAGCAAGGCACGCGUGAACAAGGAGACGGCAGUGCUUAAUGACAAGAUCAAUCGGACACGCGGGAGGAUUGUGCAAUCGCCGGAGCGCAUCAAGCGCAACAUCACAAGCAUGAGCGCGACAGCCGCCGAGGAGAAGCGCACGGUCAACGCGCACGAGACGAAGAUCCGCGAUCUGCAGACGAAGAUCGCGGCGCUUCUGAACAUCGAGAAGGAUGUGCGUUCUUGUGUGGAGCAAUUGCAGAUGAUCGAGAAAGAGGCCAAUGCGCUCGAUGCUGCCCAAAAGGAACUGUCCGACUUGCGAGACCAACUAGACCAGAAGAAGAGCGAGCGGACUGAGCUGGAGAUGAAGCGAGAGCGGGUCAAGAAGCAGCUCGCAAACGCACAGGAAAAGCUCGAACGUGCGCAAAGGCACGCCGAGGAUAAACGACUCGCGAGCCAACAGACGAUUGAGCGGCUACAGCGCGAGUACGAGGAGAUGGCGGUCGAACGCCGGGAUAACGACAGGCAAGUGGAGGAGCUCCGCGCGGAGGCGGAUGCGAUUGAGCGCAAGAUGGCGGAGCACCUCAAGAAGAGCCAAGCGGAGCUCAAUGAACUCUUGGCGGAAUACUGGAGAUUGCGACACGAGACUGAGGUUUACAUGGAGACAUUGGCCAACAAGCUCGGUAUGCAGGUGACAAGCGUAUGA